AUGUCCUCCUCACGCGCCCUCCUCUCGAGCCCGCACGGGGUUGCGAGCCGGACCUUCACGAGAGCGGCGCCGGCCCACCUCGCCGCGCCCUCGAUCCCGUUCGCGCGCUCCGGCACUCUCCGCGCCCGGACCGCGAUCCUGUCGUCGCCGGCGGCCACUGUGCCGGUGACCUCUACUGAGCCGAAGCGCCGGAUCUCGCGCUCCGUGUCGGACUCGGCGCCGCGGGCGAAGCCUGCGGUCCUGGUGGCGGAGAAGCUGGGCGAGGCCGGGCUGGACGUGCUGCGUCAGUUCGCCGACGUGGAGUGCGCGUGCGGCAUGUCCCCGGCCGAGCUCCUGGCCAAGGUGGCGCAGUUUGACGCUCUCAUCGUGCGGAGCGGCACCAAGGUGACGAGGGAGGUGCUGGAGGCGGGGCGCGGGCGGCUGCGGGUGGUCGGCCGGGCCGGCGUCGGGAUAGACAACGUGGACCUGCAGGCGGCGACGGAGGCGGGGUGCCUCGUCGUGAACGCCCCCACGGCCAACACCGUCGCCGCGGCGGAGCACGGCAUCGCGCUGCUCGCCUGCAUGGCCCGCAACGUCUCGCAGGCGGACGCCGCGCUCAAGGCCGGCAAAUGGCAAAGAGCCAAGUACGUUGGAGUUUCCCUAGUUGGAAAGACUCUUGCCAUCAUGGGCUUUGGAAAGGUUGGCUCAGAGGUGGCAAGGCGAGCGAAAGGGCUAGGGAUGCAUGUGAUUGCCCAUGACCCCUAUGCCCCGGCCGAUAAGGCCCGUGCCAUUGGAGCAGAGCUGGUGUCCUUCGAGGAGGCCAUCGCCAAGGCAGACUUCAUCUCCCUCCACAUGCCGCUCACCCCGGCGACAUCCAAGGUCUUCAACGACGAAUCCUUCGGGAAGAUGAAGACCGGCGUGCGGAUCGUCAAUGUGGCCAGGGGCGGAGUGAUCGAUGAGGAUGCUCUGGUCAGGGCACUGGACUCCGGCAAAGUUGCUCAGGCAGCUCUUGAUGUCUUAACUGUGGAGCCCCCGGCGAAGGACAGCAAGCUGGUUCUUCAUGAGAAUGUCACUGUCACGCCCCAUCUUGGAGCAAGCACAGUGGAGGCGCAGGAAGGCGUCGCCAUCGAAAUUGCUGAAGCCGUCGGCGGCGCACUGAGAGGUGAGCUCGCAGCGACCGCCGUGAAUGCUCCCAUGGUCCCAGCAGAGGUCAUGUCAGAGCUAGCUCCGUAUGUUUCCCUGGCGGAGAAGCUGGGGAGGCUGGCAGUGCAGCUCGUCGCCGGGGAGAGCGGCAUCAAGGGCGUCAAGGUGGUGUACACCUCAGCCAGGGACCCCGACGACCUCGACACGAGGCUCCUCCGGGCGAUGGUCACCAAGGGCAUCGUGGAGCCCGUGUCCAGCACCUUCGUCAACCUCGUGAACGCGGACUACACGGCGAAGCAGCGCGGCCUGCGCAUCGCCGAGGAGCGGGUCUCCCACGACAACGCCGCCGCCGAGGCGCCGCUGGAGUCCAUCCAGGUGCGCCUUUCGCACGUGCAGUCCAGGUUCGCCGGGGCGAUCAGCGACGGCGGGGACAUCGUCGUGGUCGGCAGGGUCAAGUACGGCGUGCCCCACCUGACCGUCGUCGGGCCCUACGAGGUCGACGUCAGCCUGGAGGGGAACCUGAUCCUGUGCCGGCAGGUCGACCAGCCCGGGAUGAUCGGCAAGGUCGGGAACAUCCUCGGGGAGAAGAACGUGAACGUCAGCUUCAUGAGCGUCGGCCGCACCUCCCGUGGCAAGCAGGCGAUCAUGGCCAUCGGCGUGGACGAGGAGCCGGACAAGAAGACGCUCGAGAAGAUUGGGGCCAUCCCGGCCGUCGAGGAGUUUGUGUUCCUCGAGCUAUGA